CUGAAGAAAGUUUGACAUUACCUUUUGUGAAAAAUAGGUUUCUUGACCACGAAAUUAAAAUUAAAAAUGACAGUAACGAUACAAGUGGAAUAGUUAUGAAGGCAUUUAUUCAAAAUAAUUCAAAAACAACUUAUUUAAAAAUAUGGUAAGCAAAGAAAUCAUUUACUGAAAAAGUAAAAUACCAUCAUUGUGGUAAAGAGAGGCACAUAAAAAAAUAUUGCUAUGAUUAUAAACGAAUACUAAACAAAAAAAAAAAAAAUGAAAACAUCACAACAAGGCAUUUAUGUUAAAAACAUUCAAAACCAUUUAAUAAACGAUGAAUCAUUAUAUUCAGAUAGUACAAAAGUGCAACAUCCACUUAAGAUUGCUGUUGCCAAACAAGUCGAUUUUACAUACGCUACAAAACGUAGUAUUGUGCGGUUGCACAAUGGACAUGAAAUUACACUAGAGGACGUUCUCUAUUGCAAGGAGGCUGUAGGAAACUUAAUGUCUGUUAAGCGACUGCAAGAAACUGGAAUGACAAUUAGGUUGGAUGGUGUUGUUACUUUAUCCAAAAAUGGGUCGAUAGUCGUUCAAAAUUCAGGUAUGUCGAAUAAUAUACUAAUUAUUAAAUUUCAAGCAUAUAAGGAGAGGUUAGGUUAUAUACAUAAGCAAGGGAAAAUUGUUAGAAAUAAAAAGAAAGAACCUAUUCAGUGACAAUAAUAUUCUUAAUAAUUUAGAGUUGUCAGAUGAAAUAUGUAUGUGAACCUUGUUUGAAUGGAAAGCAAGCUAGGCAACCAUUUAAACAAUUUAAAGAUAAAAUUUAUAUUAAAAGAACUCUUUUUGUAGUACAUUCAGACAUAUGUGGUCCAAUUACACCGGUUACUCUAAAUGACAAAAAUUACUAUGUAAUUUUCGUAGACCAAUUCACAUACUAUUGUGUAACUUAUUUAAUGAAACACAAGUCAGACGUAUUUAACACUUGUGUUGCCACCAAAAAAAAAAUCACACUGUUUGCCGCCCAGGGUACCCGGGUACCCGCACGCAAAUUCGUGCAUAUAAAUGCGUUAUACGUAAAAAUAACUGAGUGCAUUCUAUUAGAAUCUAUUUAUUGACAUCUUCGAAAGGUAUUUCUGCUUGAAUGGGCCAUAUAAAUUAUAUCUUCAUAGUCCUAAAUCAGGAAUAAAACGCGCUGCUCUAACGUAAAUUUCUCGUUUCUGCGAGGGCCAGUUUCGUGGAAUUCGAGUGGUGGGGAAACAGGUCGCUCUCUGAAUUGCUUUGUACUUCAGGAACGUUCGAGAAUGCCGUGAAACGAAUAUAAGCUGUAUAGUUCAGUUUCCGUCGUUGACUCGAAGAAGCCAGACGUAUCGAUGCAGUCACUCCAUUCCAGUAGACCAACGAAAAACUUGACCAUCGACGAACAGCUCUACCCUUUCAGAGGAAAACUAAUUUUACUCAGUAUAUGCCAUCCAAGCAUGCUAAAUACGGUCUGGAAGUGUUUUGGUUGUAUGAUGAAAGUAAUGCUUAUCCGCCGAAAGGAAUUUUGUAUACAGGUAAACAAGGUAAUACUCGAGAAGUCAAUCAAGCCGAAAUAUAACCAUGGACAGAUUUUUCUCAACUUUACCUCUGGCGGAUACUCCGUUAUCUUGGAAACUUACUGUCGUCGGUACAUUGAGAAAAAAACAAAAUAGAAAAGUAUUGUCAACUCUUUUUCGAAUUCAUGAUGCGAUCAGCAUUCGGUGAACAUUUCCAAAUGUUCACAUUGCAUUAAGUAAUUUUUAAUUUUUCUUAAUUUUUUAAUUAAUUCUUAAAAUUUAGUUGUUCAAAUUUACUUUUUGAAAAUAUUACUUAUAUUUCACUGUGCAAAAAGCAAAGAAUUCAUUCAUUUUUUUGUAACUUCAUGUCGCAAAAUAAAAUUAUUAUCAUUAUUAUAUUCAGUAUAUUUUAUCAAUAAAUAAUUUAAAAUGAACAUAAUUUGUUAUAGUUAUCAUAUAGGUGCUUAUUUACUCCUUAAAUAUAAAAUAAAAAUAAAAUCAUAAUGUAUUACUCGAACUGCUCCGAACUUCUGUCGGGGUACCCGGGUGGCUGAGACGUGUUUUUAUUUUCAAAUGUAACAUUUCUAAAGUAAGAAAACAAUUUAAACUAUGUAAGUAUAAUGCACAAUUCGCUAGAUAAUCGGUUAAACCAUGGCGAUCGAAGAGGAUUUUAGCCUAUAUUUAAAAAAAAAAAAUAUUAUUCAACAAAAUACACUCCGGUGUGUACCCGUGUGUACACGCGUGGCAACACAAGGGUUAACAUGUUUAAAGAUUUCGUGGGGAAGAGUGAAGCGCAUUUUAAUAUUAUGGUUGUUAAUUUGUAACAAUGGUAGAGAAUACUUGUUCAAUGAGAUGCGCAAGUUUUGUGUUACGAAAGGAAUUGCUUAUCAUUUCACAGUGCCACAUACACCUCAAUUAAAUGGGGUUUCUGAACGAAUGAUUAGAACCAUCACUGAAAAAGCUCGUGCUGUGGUUAAUGGUGCAAAAUUAGAUAAAAGCUUCUGAGAGAAGCUGUGUUAACUACAAAAUACUUAAUUAAUAAAAUUCCGGUAGGUCUUCUACGGCGGUGCGUUCUCCCUGCAAGCGCUCAUAUUCAAAGAAUGUGUGUUCAGCGUCGUCUUCUGUCGCGUCGUUGUAUAGGCAUGACGGCUAUUCGACUUUUCUCUUUCUGUAGAGGUACUUAUUGAAGUAUCCAUUGCCGGAUAACAGCUGGGUUGUGUAAAAGUCUACUUCUCCGAAUUUAUGACUUAUCCAUAAAUCUCAUCCCAGCGGUUUCUGUUUAUAUCUUCCCGUAAUUCCUCCCAUUUUUUCUUUGUACUGUCGUCGAUGACGUACUUCAGCUCGUGUAGGAACUACGAAGGAGAAGGCAUGUGCUUCUGAGUUGGGCGAUAUCUUCAGUCUACCAGUAAACUGCUGCUUUACGUUUACUGUUGGAAGCCUUGGGCAUUGAUUUUUGGCAGGCUUUGGUUAUAUUAAGCAUUGCGUGCUCGACUGUUUUUCUUGCUAUAAGGAAGGAAUCGUUAGAUGGGUUCUGCUCGUAUAUAUGUAUUGCGGCGAUUAAUUUCGAUGUGUCUAGUUUCGAAAUAUUCCACUUUCGUGUUCCGCUAUUAUAUUUAAAAGUGUUUGGUUCAACUGGUUAUGUGCGCAAUAAAACUAAUAAAGGGAAAUUUGAUGAUAAAUCGUACAAACGUAUCCUUGUUGGUUAUAAACUAAAUAGAUUUAAAGUAUGGGAUGCUGUUAAUGAAAAGUUUUUUGUUGCAAGGGAUGUUGUUGUUGACGAAACAAAUAUGGAUAGUUCUAGAGUUGUGAAAUAUAAAACAGAAUUCCUAAAAAGAGUAAGGAAUGUAUUGAAACAGACUACCUCGAAGAGGGUAAGGAAUUUGAUCAUAUAAAUUUUCCAAAUGAAUGUAAGAAAAGAAAGCAGUCUGAUCUCCUGAAUGAAAGUAAGGAGCACAAUUUCUCGAAUGAGAGUACGGAAUGUAAAUCAACUCAACCGUCUAGUGAAAAUAGUGACAGUGGCAGUAAACAUAUCAAAGAAAUAGGUGGAAGAAGUGAAAGAUUAAAGAUUAAGCCACAUAUGCCUUAUAAUGAAGAUGAUAAAAGUUUGAAUAAAUAUAUAUUGAAUUUACAUACUACUUAUAACGAUGUCCCAAAUUUAUUUGAUGAAAUAAAAUUUAGAAACGGUAAAUCGUUUUGGGAGGAAGCCAUUAAGAGGGUAUUCUGGUCUAGACGCAUAAAUUUUAGGCAUUUUUUAAACCAAGAUAAAAAAUGAAAAACAUUUCUACUAUCCAUUUUUUAUAUGCUUUUUAUUGACAUUUUAAUAAUAUAUUCUUCACUAGCUGGCCCCGCAGCCGUUGUCCUGCGUGAAAUUAUGUGUUUUGAAAUGAAAAGAAAGUUGAAUUUAUCAUUUCAUUUUUUUUUUUCAAUGUAACGCAGCUUGAUAAACAAAAUUUUUUGGUUUCUGUUCCGGUGUACAGAAAAGGUGGCUUUCCAACUCGUGUGCACGCCACGUAUAUCUAGCCGUGUGAAAAACAUAGAAUUUCCAAACUUAUUGCACACACUAUGCGACUAUCCUUGUGUCCUGUUGAGUGUCAUCUCAAAUGCAAUUUUCGCUGGAAACUGAAAUGGCAAAUCGUUGGAACUCAAAGAAAUUCGUUGAAUCAAGCAUUCAGCCCUUUGUAUUCGAUAGCUGCGUCACCAUCAGUCGGGUUCCAUUACAUAGUUUCGGCGCUUGCAGAUUGCAAAACAUAAUAACGACAGAUCAAACUUUGAGACGCAAAUGAUGCGGUGGCAUACCAAGCCUCUCCAAAGAAUUUAGAAACUCCACUGGAUAAUUCACGGCGACGUCUUCAAUGGAAAGACGAUCGGUCGAUUUGUAUGAGCGCAAGUCUUCCGGAAUUUGAUUUUGAAUCUUCCAGUUUAAGUCAAGAACAUCUGUAUUUUUUGGCAGUUAAUAUUGCGCGUGCAUUUAAGGAAUCAUAGUUAAGAUAAUUUGGCCAAUGUCCGAAGAUUGGUGAUGAGUUCAUCUUUCGUGAAUUGAUAAACCGCAGAUGGAAUUGAUAUCAAACCACCGGAAGCAUCAACCGGAAUUGACCCAUUUCCAAUUUUUAGCGAAUACGAUGUAAAAUGUCUUCGACAAUGUCAUUUUUGUUCGUAUCUCAUAAUUGACGCGGAUUUAAAGGCUGAUAUGGUGAAAUGAUUAUCGCGAAAAGUGUGGGAACUUCAGUGGCAUUCGAAGUAGCUAUCGCAUCGUCCAACAUUUGUUUCCACUGAUUAUCGUGUUCCAGCAAUUGUAAUUGCACACACCAUACCAUUCACAGUACGCAAUACGCCGCGUACAUUAAUCAGUAGCAACCGAAGGUAGAAGCAAUCAUCGUUUUUUGGGUGGGUUGUGUAAAUUCAUCCUAAUGCAUUAGUUGAGAACACACCUGAAUGUCCAUCUACUGUUCGGUCUUGCUUUCAGCGUAACUAUUUCUUCGACGAUGCAUUCCAUGAAUGCAAGGUAUUUUCAAAUAGAGCAAUGUUCUCGUAAGCGGAUCACUGACGAAAGUUGAGAAAAAAACUCGUCAAUGUUAGUUUUGUUGUUGGCGGUGUUACCACCGACUGUAAUGUAUUCUCUGGGCUGAAAUAAACUCUUUGGCCAAUCUCCAUAUUAACUGCGAGACACACAACAAUCGGAAACCGUUCAUGAAUUGCAAAAGUAAAUAUCCUACAAAGCGCUUUAUUGCAGUUCACGUAUGGACCGUAUCGUUUAAGACCAUUAAGCGCCAUGUUGCUUCCCUUGGUGACGUACUUACAAACGUAUUUUAUAGAUUACACCAAACUGCAAUACUAAACAUUGAUAUGAGUUUAGAAUGUGAAUUAGACAACAGUGGAGAAUAUAGUACGAUCCAUAUGUUGUCAACUUCGAUAUUCAUUACUCUAAGUUGUAUGGUCGUCUGAUGAGCUACGACGAUGGAGUGGAUAUCCAUCAUUUCCAGUUUGCGAUUCCGAAAGAAAAGCAAGCGGAUAGUGUUUCGUGCAUUUAUUGUUAGACAUAUAAACCGAAAAGGGAUUGUAGUGUCCGCAAGGUCCAUGAACCAUAUUGCUUUCCACCACUUCAUAUAGUACUGGAUCUUUCACACGUAAAGUUUUCACUGAAUAAUUUUCAAUUGUUCAAUUCACAACCUGUCGUAAAGCAUCGUAAAUCGUAAUAGUAAUAAUUUUUCUCUUGAAUAGCCGGAAUAAAAAAGCAAGCGAUCGAGACUGAACUGUUCAAAUAAUUUCCAAAUCAAAAUAUUGAAAAACAAAACAGAAAUUGAAAAAAAAAUGUUUUUGGAAAAAAGUUACUUUUUGGAAUUAUCCAAUUUGCCGACUUUUCAUGAAAAGUAUAAGAUGUUUUUAUUUCUAAACCUUCCUUAAUCCACAACGAACAACCUCUUAAAAUUUCAUCAAUAUUGGUUCAGCCGAUCUCUUAGCGUUACUAACGAACAAACAUUCAUUCGUUUGUAUGAGAAAAAGAAAAGGACUGUUUUUAGGGGUUUUCCGGCAAUUAUUCGAAUAAUCCCUGAACCUAAACGAAUAUUUUAAAAAAAGAAUUAUCAAAUUUCGUUCAGUCGUAUUAAAGUUAUGAGCGUACAUACAUUUUGGCGAUUCAUUUUUACAUACAUACAUAUUUAUAUAGACGAAGAUGUAAGGUUGUUUUUAUUGUUUUUUUUUUUUUUUUUGAAGAAAUGAAAUAUUGAAAUGAUUCCUACAAACAUGAAUUUUGAACAAAUGCUUAUAAUUUGAAAUAUAAUUUUUGUAUUUAUGAGUUGUAUUAAAUUUUGACAUAAAGAGAUAAAAAAAAAGUAUCCUAUGUCCGUCUCCUGGCUCUAAGCUACCUUCCUACCAAUUUUCAGCCAAAUCUGUUCUGCCGUUCUUGAGUUAUAAGUGAUGUAACUAACACGACUUUCUUUUAUAUAGGGUGAUUUUUUAAGAGCUUGAUAACUUUUUUUAAAAAAAAAAACGCAUAAAAUUUGCAAAAUCUCAUCGGUUCUUUAUUUGAAACGUUAGAUUGGUUCAUGACAUUUACUUUUUGAAGAUAAUUUCAUUUAAAUGUUGACCGCGGCUGCGUCUUAGGUGGUCCAUUCGGAAAGUCCAAUUUUGGGCAACUUUUUCGAGCAUUUCGGCCGGAAUAGCCCGAAUUUCUUCGGAAAUGUUGUCUUCCAAAGCUGGAAUAGUUGCUGGCUUAUUUCUGUAGACUUUAGACUUGACGUAGCCCCACAAAAAAUAGUCUAAAGGCGUUAAAUCGCAUGAUCUUGGUGGCCAACUUACGGGUCCAUUUCUUGAGAUGAAUUGUUGUCCGAAGUUUUCCCUCAAAAUGGCCAUAGAAUCGCGAGCUGUGUGGCAUGUAGCGCCAUCUUGUUGAAACCACAUGUCAACCAAGUUCAGUUCUUCCAUUUUUGGCAACAAAAAGUUUGUUAGCAUCGAACGAUAGCGAUCGCCAUUCACCGUAACGUUGCGUCCAACAGCAUCUUUGAAAAAAUACGGUCCAAUGAUUCCACCAGCGUACAAACCACACCAAACAGUGCAUUUUUCGGGAUGCAUGGGCAGUUCUUGAACGGCUUCUGGUUGCUCUUCACCCCAAAUGCGGCAAUUUUGCUUAUUUACGUAGCCAUUCAACCAGAAAUGAGCCUCAUCGCUGAACAAAACACGCGCGCGAAACACAUUUCGAACCGAACACUGAUUUUGGUAAUAAAAUUCAAUGAUUUGCAAGCGUUGCUCGUUAGUAAGUCUAUUCAUGAUGAAAUGUCAAAGCAUACUGAGCAUCUUUCUCUUUGACACCAUGUCUGAAAUCCCACGUGAUCUGUCAAAUACUAAUGCAUGAAAAUCCUAACCUCAAAAAAAUCACCCGUUAUAUAUAGAUUAGUAAGAAUGUCGUUAUCGGGUUGACCAUUUUCCAAAUAAAAAUAAUAAUAACAAAAUGGCGUCGACUUGAAAACAAUUUUUUUUUUACCCGAUUUUUUCGACCUUUUAUACGAUAGAGCAUUGUAUAAAGAAGAUAUGUAUAUACCAAAUUUCAAAGUAAUCGGUUCAGUAGAACUUGAGAUAUCAUGUCAACCACCUCAAAAAAAGUAGUUUCGAAAAAAAAACGCGUUUAAAGUUUAGGAGACAAUUCUAGUGAACACGGACGCCACGUCACAAAAUCGGCGUUAUCUCCGAAAAAAAGUCGAAUUUUGAAAAAUCCUUCCAAGGUCAUAUUUUUUGAAAGUCUAAACUUUCAAAAUAUGCAAAAAAAUCGAUUUUUUCAAAAUCCUAGACCAGAAUACCCCUUAAAGCAGAGUUGAGUGCUUGUGAAAUAAAAAAUACUUGGACAAUUACGAAUAAGCCAGAAAACAGAAAUCUUGUUGACAGUAGAUGGGUGUUUUCUAUUAAAUAUAAUGCGGAUCCAUAAAAUAUAAAGCAAAACUAAUUGCACGAGGAUUUACUCAAAAAUAUAAAGGGUAAUCAGAAUCCGGUGCAAAUGGUCUUGGAAAUGCAAAUUUCGGUGCAAGUGCAAAAUAUUUUUGCACCAUGUUCUUAAACAAAAACAAAUUACAUAUGUUUUGCAAAUGCAACACAGUUAUGCAAAUGCCACACUCAACCCCUAUUGUAUUAUUAAAAUUAGUAUUACAUUUCAAACAGCUGAUUUCUUUUGCAUACAUAUUUGUUCGGAUUUUUGGCGCGUCAAGUAAAAUGUUUGGUAAGAAAAGUAAUUUGAAAGAAUUAACAAUUUAAAACUUAAUAAAACUAUUUACAGCAAUGUGAGCGAUAAAAAGUGAAAAGGGAGCGACCGAACAAAAAAUGGACAAAGGAAGAAAUCAACAAGCUUCUGGAUUUUUUGGAGGAAGCAGAUGAAAUUGAGGUAAACAUUUUAAGAAGUUUGAAAUGUAUAAAUGCUUAUUUAUUUACUUUUAUUAGGCUCCAACAGCACAAUUUUUUUACAAAAAAUGCAUUGUGGUUAAGGGAAUCGAAGCCACGUGGGACAUGUUGCGGUGGAAGGUACGCCACCUAAAAAGUACAUUUAACCCUAGACAGCUAACCUUCGUCGAUUCGACGAGUACGAGAAAGAAUAUUCGUUGCCUCUCUUGCCCGCGAGGUUUGAUCAUCCCAACGUUGCUUGUCAACUCAGUGUUCGCUGAGCUUUUCUGAGAGGCACACGUGUUUGGUGGUUUUAAUCAUGUCUUCAAGGCGAUUGCUGUGUGAGGAAAGUAUAAUGCGUUUGUUAAUGGACGAUGACGAUGACGGGGCAUUGGAGGAAUUAUCCGAUAGCGAAACUGAAGACACUGUAUUGGUGGAUAAUGUUGAAAGUGAUAAUCAGUCAGAAGAGUUAUCAUUACUUUCGGACGAUGAAGACGUUCAUGAGGGGGUUUCUGGUGCUUUGAUGGAUGAUGUGCCGGGACUUGCAACAUCUUCUGCUUCAAACGAAGUAAGCUCAGGUAACGAUCCUAGUAUCUUGGCAUUUUCAAGCAGCACUAUCCGCAGUCGGUCCCGUCAUGUUUGGGCUACGCGCAAAGGGCGAACUUCGAAUAGAACAGCAGCACUAAAUAUAGUACGUGGAGCCAGGCGCCAACUCGCGCAGUAAAGGUUAUUGUCGACCCGCUAAUGUUAUUUGAACAAUUCAUAACAAAUCAGAUAGUAGACGAGAUUUUAAAAUGGACAAACUUAGAGAUUGAGAUGAAAAGACAGAACUAUGAGUCAAUAUCAUCUACGCAAAAAAAACACUAGCAAAGAGGAGAUCAGAGCCCUGUUGGGAAUUAUGGUGUUACUUGCAGCAUUGAAAGACAACCAUCUGACCCUUUAUGAAUUGUUCAAUUCAGAGUCUUGUGGUCCAAGAUAUGUAUCUUGUAUGAGCAAAGACAGGUGCGAAUUCCUUCUUCUAUGUCUACGUUUUGAUGAUAGAGCAGUUCGCUUACAACGGCAAAAAACGAUCCUUUUACCCCCAUAAGAGAUAUAUGGGAAAUGCUUAUUGUUCAGUACCGCCAAAACUACGUUCCCGGAACAAAUGUUACUGUUGAUAAGCAGCUACUGACUUUCCAUGGCAGGUGCAAAUUCAGAAUGUAUAUACCAAAUAAACCCGCCAAGUAUGGGGUCAAGUUAGAAAUGAUGUGUGAUAGUGGCACAAGGUAUAUGGUCGACUGUAUACCAUAUUUCGGAAAAGGAACCAAUACAGGAGGGAUGGCUUUGGGAGAGUACUUCGUAAAGGAACUUACUCGUAGUACUCACGGCACGAACAGAAACGUUACCAUGGACAAUUGGUUUACCUCAAUACCACUAGCAAAGCAAUUACUUCAGCAGCCUUAUAAGCUGACAAUUGUAGGAACAUUACGUUCUAAUAAAAGGGAAAUUCCAGAAGAAAUGAAGAACAAGAAAAGGAGUAAGAGGAAUAAUCAAACCACCGAAGUCAAUACAUCCAGAAAGGUGAAUACAUCGAUGUUCGUGUAUGAUGGACCCCUUACACAUCUUUCCUUCAAACCUAAACCAUCAAAAAUGGUGUACAUGCUUUCCUCUUGUGAUGAGGAAGCCUCAGUUAAUCCAGAUAAUAAAAAACCACGCAUGAUAGAGUUCCACAAUUCUACAAAAGGUGGCGUUGACACAUUUGAUCAAAUGUGCUCUGUAAUGUCAUGCAGCAGAAAAACCAAUCGAUGGCCAAUGUGCGUUUUCUAUGGAAUGAUGAUUAUAGCAUGCAUCAACAGUUACAUACUUUAUUGCCACAAUGUCUCGGUACAGGGUGAAAAAAUACUGCCUAGGCGUGAUUUUAUGAAGAAGCUGCAUUCGCAACUUGUAGAACCUUGGCUGAAAAUCCGACAGGAAAUUCGUACCAUGCCGACCCACACCAAAAACAAAAUAACAGAGAUAUUAUUUCCCAAUAAUGAUAAAAAUCAAGGUCAAAGCCAACCAUCAGCCACCAAUGACCUUCAACCAGCAGAGGCACCAACUAGUAAUAAAAGGAAAGCUUGCGGUCUAUGUUCAAAUAAAAAAAGGCGCAUGACAAAGUCGGUAUGCGCAAAAUGUAACACUGCAAUUUGUGGUGAACAUAAAGUUGAUUUUUGCAUAAAAUGCUCUUUAAAAAAUUAGUUUCUAUAUCUUAUUCAAAAUAUUUAUAGUGUUUUUAUUAAAGUACGCCAAAGAAGAAAUGGCUGUUAUGUGUUUCUCUAUUUUAAGUUUUUUUAUAAAUAUGUUGUCUUCUUGGAUCUUAUAAAAACUAGUGCCUUAAUUAAAGAUGUGUUUAACAAAUACAAUUUGAAAUAGAAUAUGAAAUGAAUGUUUUAUUUUGUACAAUAGUUCCUGAAAUACAUAUAUUUGCAAUUAAAAUAAUUAAAGAUUGUUUAAAUGCAUGAAAUAAAGACACUCUAACAAUGCUCGUCGAAUCGACGAAUAGUUAGGGUUUAUAGGGGGCUACAGAUGGUUAGCUGUCUAGGGUUAAAACAGCGAAUGAUUAUCGCACCUCAACUGGCGCUGGAAUUGAUAAAAUGGAUGUGGGCGUUGGCAGUUUUGAAGGUAAAUAAUAAGAAAUGAAAGUGCUUUGGGAACUUAAGUGAUUAAAUCUUUUACAGAAAAAAUUGAGAAAAUGUGCCAACAUUACAAUCGCCUAAACAAAAUUUUCGGAGCUAAAUCCCAUGCGCAAAAUAAUUUCUGCGCUGUCAACACGGGCAAUGACUUGAUGCUUAUCGCGCCACAGCCGUCAUCAAUUUCACCGUCAACAAUUUCCCCACCGGUACAUUCACCGCCAAUAGUCUUACCACCAGCAAUUUCAGCGCCAAUAGCCUCGCCACCAGCAUUACCACCGCAAAUAAUCUCCCCAUCAGCAAUAUCACUGCAAAUAGCCUCGCCAUCAGCAUUUCCACCACAAAUAAUCUCCCCAUCAGCAAUAUCACCGCCAAUAGCCUCGCCGCCAGCAGUUCCACCGCCAACAGUUUCGCAGCAACCACUCCCACUUGGGGCUGAUUUUCCACAAUCAGUUAAAACCAUGGCUAAAAAAAUGAAAAUGCAGGCUCCCAAAACAUCAGCGGCUUGUUUGAUGGUUUACCAGCAAAACAGAAUGGAGUUGGAAAAAGAAAAGCUUCAAUUUGAAAAAGAAAAGUUGGAGAAGCAGCUAGAACUUUCAAAAGCUGAAUUUGAAUUGAAAAAAGAAGUACUAAAACUUAAGAAAAUUAAAUUGGAGCAAGAUGAAAAAAUAAAAAGGCUAGAAAUGGAAAAAGACGAAUGAAUAGCUAUGUAUGUAUGAAAUAAAAAUGAAAUACAUGAAGUAAUCGAAAAUUUAACUUUUUUAGGGCUUAUUCAAACAUUAAUGAAUGUAUUGCUAGCCUUUUAGUUUCCCUUUUUCUGUUUGGUUGUACAUCUUCGCUUUCCUCACCGUUGUCAUCAGUGUAUGUGGUGUCCUCAUCGAAAUUUGAGAACUACGAAUAUAAGUUUGUGCUGUCAUCCUCUCAUAGUAUGUUGUGCAAUUAUCAACAAUCGAUAACUGUCGAUUCUGCAAGCUUUAUCUCCGUACCAUCAAUGUAGCCAAUGCAAAAUGGCAAUUCGGAAUACGUAGCAUGUACAAUUUCUGAUCGCUCUGUUUCAUUUGGCCAAAAAAGGAAGGAAUCUCUUAACCUUAGUAUAGCACUGAAAACUCUUUUCGUAACUAUGGAUAGAGUUCCACCAUCUCCUACACCAAAUAAUGUUGACAUUUUUUUCAAUGCAGCACCUUCUCCGCAUGAGCACAGAUGAUGAAGUACAAUUGCUAACUGCAAAUCCACAGGAAUCUGUUUCGAGGAAUGUGCUUUAUUGAAUUCCGGAUCGUUCUUAAUUAGGUGAAAUAUAUUGUUAAAUUGUAUCUUGCUUACUCGACGCAUUUGGCGGAACCGGUUUUCGUCGAAUUUAUUCAAGAAGGAACCAUGAAUAUAAAAAGAUAUUUAGUCACCAAAUUUUACCUAUAAUAUUAAGAAUAUCAUUUGCCGUAUUCUCUACCAAAUAAUUAAGUAUUUUUCCUCUUUCGCUUUUCCUUGGCAUGAUAGCUACUGAGAAUAUUUACCAAAUAUUUUAUUUCACAUUUGACCACUAGAAAUCAGCUGUCAAUUUUACAAUGAACAGGGUUGCAUUCAGAUAUAAAAAAAAAACCCGUCGCUCACGAUCUAUUGGAAAAUGCUACAUUUACACGAUGCAGCGGAUUCUGAUUAUGCUUAUAGAGUCGGCUAUGAUGAAUUUGCUCCUGUUGCUAGGAUUUCAAGUUUUCGAUUCAUAUUAGCAUUAGCAGUCCAAUAUAAUAAGGCAAUUUACGGGCUUAAACAAGCGGCAAGAUGCUGGUUUGAAGUAUUUGAAAAAGCAUUGAAAGAAUGUAAAUUUUCUAACUCUCCAGUAGAUCGCUGUAUAUACAUACAUACAUAUAUCCCUGACAGAGGUGAUAUCAAGGAAAACAUAUAUGUAUGUAUGUAUUGUUAUAUGUUGAUGAUGUGUUAAUAGCUACAGGGGAUAUGACAAGAAUGAAUAGUUUGAAUAAGUAUUUAAUGGAAAAGUUUAGAUUGACUGACUUAACAGAAAUACCACAUUUUAUUGGAAUAAGAAUAGAAAUGUAUGAAAAUACAGUCUGUUUAAGCCAGUCUGCUUAUGUAAAAAGAAUUUUAAAUAAAUUUAAUACAAUAUGUAUGAUUGCAAUGCAAUAAGUACACCUGUACCGAACAAACUAACAGCCCUAUUCUGAAAAAAAUAUUUGAGAGAUUUCUUGUGAGGCAUAAUUUGUGAGGCUAUUCUUGCUCAAACCUCAUAAGAAAAAAGCUUAAAAAAGUCACCACGUGAGGUAAAAAGCUUUUUGCUCUAAAACAGCUUUUUUAAUAAAAAUAAGAAUACAAAAAUGGACACAUAAAUGGAUAAUCAGCAUUAGUAAGUAACUUUGC